UGAGUGGCAUUUGCCUAGCCGUCAAUACGCGUUUCUUCCCCACCUCCAAUGCGACACGGCAGCAGAAUAAAAACAUUUCAUCGCCGCUUUUUCUCUAUUUUACUACAGCCAUCAUUGUGGUGGAUUGGCCCGAAACUUGACAGUUCGCAUACACGUGCAACACCUCGUCUGUACGGAUAGCAGCCAUCGACUUGAAGGAAAGGAAGCGUUUUGAAAUCAUCCUGACAGGUUUUUUUUAUCCGAGUUGCCGCGACUGUGUCAGCGUAUGUAAUGGAUGAUCAACAGCGACUACAUUCGGGUCUUAUGCACGGAAUGCAUGCCAUAUCUUCGGCCCAUGUGCUGCCCCAUAGCCAAGGCUCCCUGCUGCACCAGCCGGGCUUGCAGCCCCCCGUAAGCCUCUCGGCUCCGUCCUCGGACUCCAGCUCCCAACCCACUGAAAGGCACUCUCAAGAGACCAGAAAGCAAGAAAUCGGAGACAUUUUGCAACAGAUAAUGACCAUCACAGACCAGAGUUUGGACGAAGCACAGGCCAGAAAACAUGCCCUCAAUUGCCACCGUAUGAAGCCAGCGCUGUUCAGCGUUCUGUGCGAAAUAAAGGAGAAAACAGGUAAGCUAACCGACCUGAUAAUAAUUAUAUUGUCCGAAACCAUGUCCCGUACAUUCGAGCUGUGCGUGUGAGCAAUGCCAUUAUUACUGAUCCAGUGUGUGGAUUACGAGCCGUGCUCCAUCGCCACACGCACACGGGACGAUCGGGUAGUAGACGGCGUACGGAGCUUUGAGGCGAGGGUUAUCCCCCAUUCAAUCUCCCCGCUCGGCGGUAUAUUAUUCUUUCCGCCAUUUUGGAUUUCGGUCAAAAAUUCAUAAUGUAGGUUUCACACCGUUGGCAGUUAAAUGCAUUUCGACUGCUGCUGAUGUUUGUAGUAGACCAGUAUUAUGAAUUUCUUGCAGCUUAGACCGAUAUUAGGUAUCUGAAUAUUGAUUUGUGCACACACAUUUUCUGCACAAUCAUAUGUUAUUGUUAUUGUCAUAAUAUUAUUAAUCAUCUACAUAUUAACUGUAUUGAAAAUUUUAUUGAAAACAAAGAGAUGAAUUGCAGCUUAUGAAUGAUUUGAGAUAUAUAUUACUGUGAGUUUUGAAAACAAUAUUCAACCACACUGAGUUUCCCAUCGAUGGAUGGUGAUGAUCGAACAUUGAUAAAUUCAUAUGUGUGU